AUGGAUGAGGUCAUGCCUGCUGGUGCUCCAGACCCUGCCGUUGAUAUAAAUGCUCUCCUUGAAGAGACAAAGAAUCUUGUUUCCGAGCUUUACCACCCACGUGGUCGCACUCCAGCUGAGCUCAAGGCCGUCCAGGAUCGUCUGCAGGUCAUCCAGAAAAGUCCUCAAGGAUGGCAGAUUGCGGACGGCUUGUUGGGCGCCGACGAUACCGACAUGAGGUUCUUCGGAGCCUUGACCUUUACGGUCAAAAUUAACCAGGAUUGGAACGAGCUUUCUGAGAAAGACGUCCAGGAUCUCCUGACCUAUUUGAUGCAGCGCUUUGUCGCCCUGGUCAACUGGGGAGAAAAGCCGUUGGUUCUCAGAAAGCUGGCGUCAAGCUUGGUAGCUGUUUUCCUCAGGCCUAAUACCACAUGGAACCGGGCCAUCUGUGACCUGGCCGAGUCUCUGAGCAAUCGUAAUCAAGUUCCAAAGGAACAGUAUUUGCCCACCGAUUUUGAGGGUGCAGCACUCCCGGCUCUCAACGAGAUUCAGAUUGCUGCCCUGCUUCUUUUUUCGACCACCAUGGCCGAGGAAGCGGUCAAGCGGAGCUCCCAGGUCCGUAGGAGUGGUGAGCACCCGGUUGCGGAUAACAUCAGAGAUGCCUUUUGUUUGUGUGAUUUUGUCCUGAGACACUUCCUCCGGCAGUUUGUUUUGGGGAAUCCUGUUAAUGACGUGAGUAUUGGUAUCGAGGCACUGGAGUCCUAUCGUGCUUGGCUCAAUGUGCGAGCAAAUAUCCGGAUGCGUGAGCCGAUCGAGGCAUCUGAAUUGUCCUCGCAAAUGGAGAACUUGGUGCAGUGCCUUGGCAUCCCCGGUCUGUCUAAACCAGCAACUGAGAUCCUGACGGAACUGUUGGGAUCUGGUGACAAGACUCUGACUGACUGGCAUUUGAACGUAAUAUUGGAAUACAUCGUUAGUGAGGCAGGAUCUGCACAUGUUACUGCUCUCUUGGAUGGUGAUUACGAAGACGAGCAUAUGUCUUUCCUGGAGCUUGUUCUCACGUACUCCUCUACUCGGCGGGUAGAGCUUCUCCUUGGCGCACUGACUCCCACCCACGAGAAGCUCCUCGCCUACAUGGAUACUCUAUUCCAUGGUCCUGGCUAUCCGGGAGCCGAGGAUAAAGUCGCACCGCAUCUGUUGGAAUGGUGGACUGAGGCAGCUGACGAGCUCCAAGAGCUGAGCCCGGAGGAGUAUGAGAGCUCCAAAUUGGAACAUGCUCGACAAAAUCUGGCCAAAGCUGUUCUCAACUGCUUUGGUAGGUUGUUGUAUCCGUCACGAGAGCAGCUGGACCAGUGGGACCAUGAUGAUAAGAGCGAGUAUCAUUCGUUCAGGCGCGAUGCCCGCGAUUUCCUACUGGCUGCCUAUCCGACCCUGGGCGUCGAACUGGUGCAGCUAUUCCAACAGCGCACACAGUCAGCUUUGGAAACUGAGAACUGGAAGAAUUUCGAGGCUUCCGUCUUCUGCCUUGCCCAACUGUCAGAAGCGGUAGACGGAAAUGAGCAGGCUGCGCAGUGCUUGAACGAGAUUUUCUUCUCUGACAAGUUUGCCGCGUUGUGUGUUAGCCAGGAGACUCAGAUCACACUUAAAGCUCGCCAGACCCUUGUCGAUAUGCUGGGAAAGUAUGAGAUCUUUUUUGAACGCACUCGAGCGCUGCUCCCGCGCGUGCUGACCUUUUUGUUCGCAUCCCUGAAUGUCGCCUCGUGCACGGCUGCCGCUGCACGAUCCAUUUCAUCACUCUGCAAGUCGUGCCGCACCGCGCUCACAUCUGAGUUGCCCGUGUUCCUUAAUUUGUUUAGAGAGUUCCAUCAGCUACCCGCGGCAACCGUUCAGAAUCUAGAGCGAGUCGUGGAAGGCAUCGCGGCGGUUAUCCAAGCUCUCGAUUCUGACGAGGCGAAGGUGCCCUAUCUGAACGACCUGUUGAGCCCUUUCCACGCACAUGCAAUGGCUGCGCGGGAAGAAGCACAAAAAGGCGACGUCGAGGCUGCUCGCAACCGCGGGCACCUGGCUCUCAGCUGUAUCGCCAGCAUCGGUCGAGGCUUGCGAGCCGACGUGGACGGCGUCGUGGACCUCGAAAGCGACAAGGAUUCUCACGUCGCCGACAACACCUUCUGGACCUCUCAUCCCUGUCAGCAGGGGAUCAUCCAGUGUCUUGAGAUGUUUCUCAGCGACUUCCCUCUCGAUGUGACCAUUGUCGAGGGGGUGUGUGAGGUCCUGAAGGCAGGCUUCACUGAGAAAAUGGGUUUGUACGUCUUUCACCCUCGCACGACUGCAACCUUUUUGGCCAACAUUCCUCUUGGGAUUAACGGUGCAGCGGACGUGGUGAUGAGCACGGCGUCAGCGUUCUUAGCUUCGCACAAGGCUCGCCCUAACGAGAUCCGCGAGGAAGCCGGGCUGCUCAUCAUCCACGUUUACUACGCGUUCCGCUUCAUGCUGGAGAACCCUGAGCAGCGCGAUCCGGAGAUUGCCAACAGUGGUAUUGGCUUCCUUACGCGUCUGCUCGGAAAGUACUAUCCCAUUCUUUUCUCUUUGACCAAUCCUCCGCCGCCCAAGACGGUGCAGGACACCCCGACAGGUCCGGAGCCGCCGGUCCUGUCCACCAUCCUCGACUUUACCCUAACCGCUCUUCGAGGGCCCGAGCCUCUUCCUCUCCGCUCGGCGUCGCAGUUCUGGGUUGGCACCCUCAGCCUUCCGGUGAACACUGGGCCGAUUCAACGAGUAAUUCGCGACUAUCUCCCGCGGCUCUGCCAUGUCGUCAUUACACAGCUUGGCGGGGGUUGCGCGCGUUCCGAUCUGAACCAUCUCACCGAAGUGCUGAAGAAAAUCGUCUUCAAGUACCAGGGGGCGGCGCAACCGCAUCUGGCGGCGGCACUGGAAGCGCUGAGGACCAAAGACGGGAACCAGCAGCAACAGCAGCCCGAAGCGGUGUCAAAAGAACAUGACCGAUUCCUGUCCAUGGUGCUAGCGGCACGAGGCUCCGCGGCCACGAACCAGAUCGUGAGACAGUUUUGGGUGAAGUGCCGUGGCGCAGGGUUUGACUAUGCGGGGUAG